GAUGAAUAGUGGGAGUAACUUUAUUCCAAAUGGUAUGGUGUGUAAUGAGGCACCACUUUUUCCAAAAGUGCUUGACCAGAAAAGAUGGUCACAAGCUGAAGGUAGAACUAGAGAGCUGCUGACACAUAUUCAGCCCAACCAUACAUCAGAAGCACAUCGAAAUGCUGUACUAUCUUACCUACGAUCCCUCAUCGUCAACUCUGUCUCUGUCCCUUGUCAAGUAUUUCCAUUUGGUUCCGUACCGUUGAAGACCUAUAUACCUGAUGGGGACAUUGAUCUAACAGUGUUCUGUGAUAAUCAGCAUUCAGAAGACCGUCUGAUCCAAGAUAUACACCGUAUUUUAGAGAGAGAAGAGAAGAAUGAGGACGCACAGUUUCAAGUGAAAGAGGUUAAGUAUAUCGCGGCCAAGGUGAAGAUUAUCAAGUGUAUAGUGGAUAACUUUGUAGUUGAUGUAUCUUUCAACCAGAUUGGUGGUUUGGGAACACUUUGUUUCAUUGAGGAGGUAGACAAUUUGAUAAAUCAGAAUCACUUACUGAAACGGAGUAUUAUAUUGAUAAAAGCUUGGUGUUUCUAUGAGAGCCGCAUCCUGGGAUCUUACCAUGGACUUUUUUCAACCUAUGCAUUGGAAACUUUAGUCAUAUAUGUAUUUCAUGUCUACAAUAAUACAUUCGCUGGGCCACUUGAGGUGCUGUUUCGAUUUUUGGAUUUCUUCAGCAAAUUUGACUGGAGCAAGUAUUGUGUCAGCCUGCGAGGUCCAGUGCCUAUAAGUUCACUCCCCAAUAUGAAAGCUGAACCUCCACGUAAGGAUUGCCAAAAGUUGUUGCUGACCCACCAAUUUCUUAAUUCUUGUGAAUCCAUCUACGGCGUUCUGUGUAGCGGCAACGAAUUAAAAGAGAAACCAUUUGUAUCUAAAUGCGUUAGCAUUGUAGAUCCUUUGCUUCCUAACAACAACAUAGGAGGAAGCAUCAGAAAAGGAAACUUCUGUAGGAUAAAAAGUGCAAUUGCUUUAGGUGCAAAGAGAAUACAGAGGUUACUGAGUUGCCCAGAAGACAAUGUAAUAGCUGAAUUUGAUUUGUUUUUUAAGAAUACAUGGGAGAGAAACGGUAAUGGUUACUGGGUCGAUGCACUCACUUAUAACCUUUACGUAAGGAACAGACAUGUUACAACUAGUGGUGAACAUCAUGGUAUUUACCAAAAUCCUUCUAACCAUUCAGAAGAACCAAAGCAAAUGCCAGGACAAUCUGAUGAACCUGCUGCUUCUCAAACUUGGAGGUCAAAGCAUGGCAGCGUUUUCACUGGUACAUUGGCCUCUGAUAUGCAGCCUACAAAUACCAUGAAGAAUGCACUUGCUAAUAGAGACAAAAGUCCUAUAUGUUCAUCAUAUGAAGUUCGUGACGCGCCUUACUUUCCCGGGUUUGAUUCUAGUUCAGAAUCUGGCCCUUUGUAUGGUGAAGCUUCAACUCAUCAUUGGUACAACACCAGAGUUUCAUCUGAAAAUUAUCAACCUUUUGGGCAGAUUCCGUAUGAUUGGAGAAAUGAAUAUGAAGAUGGCCCAGAACAUACUUCAAGUGGUUAUUAUUGUGAAUAUGGCUUAGGCGUCAAUGAUGAAAAUGACUGUUCUUUUGAUGGGGCAAUGCUGAUGCAACAGGAGAAGUUUGGUUUUCCUUAUUUCAAUGACUAUCUGCAAGCACCAGUGAAUGUGAAUCCAUGUGUUCCUUUCCCACCACCCCAUGUUUUAGCUUCUGGAUACAUGCAUGAAAACUCUUCUGAAUACUUUCCAAGCUACAAUAUGCCUCAUUAUCAGAACACAGCUCCAUUUCCAUUUGCAAGACCAUUCUAUGAGGGAGAAUCUACUGAACCAUUUGAUUAUAGCUCGUUACUACCAUUUAACAAUGGUUCCAGCUCUGGUAAUUCAUCUUGGCAGACAGGUGCUUUAAGCUACACGCCAAAAGAUUAUGAGAACACUAGUACUGAAGCUAUCAAUUCAGAUUCUAAAGCUCUUGAAUUAGGCAACAAACUGUUAAAGACUGCGCCUAACUCAUCAGUUCCUGAUCUUGCUGGCCCUUCUAGUUCGAGUCAGAGAACCGUUGAUGACCAACGUUUUCGACCGGUUGCAGAUGGUUCCGCUGGACCAUCUUUUCCAGUUCCUACCAUGUUCCCAUUCUACAAUCUUCAGGGUACUUCAGGGUACUUUGUGAAUGAAGGUUAUGAUAUACUGGAUAGUGAUUUUUUAAGCUAUUGGUGGAAUCUGCAAUAUGGAAGGUUUUGCAAGAAUCAAAUACCAAAGUUGCCUUUUCCUCCCUCUACCACACUGCCAAUGCAUUUAAGGGCCCAAUUUGCAGGGCACAUGAAACCUCUGCAAGAUAUCAUGAACAAUAUGGAGCAUGUUCAAACCCCAGUUCCUGUGAUGCCAUACGGAGAUGUUCCCUUUCAUUGGAAUAUUAAUGAAGGUGGUGGUUUUUGGCUUCCAAGAACUAGUGAUGGGACUGGGACUUACUUUCCAAGGACAGAUCCUUCAAGUUAUUACGAGUUUUGCAAGAAAAAGCGUCUUCCGCUAAGUCCAUACAUCCAAAAUCCCAAAUAUGAAAAGAAGGAUAAUCAUUGUGAAAGGGAUGAGAGUUUGCAUUUGAAUUCAAAUGAAAGGUUCCCCGGCUAUGGCCAGUUGCGGGGAAAAUUUGAGAAGCCAGGUUCAAGUGAAUCAUCCCAUCGAGGUGAAAGCUCUAGCUCAGCAAGAGGUUCUAGUGAGGUGGCAAAAUCCGGAAGAGAUUCUGAAAGCACUUCUAGACAUGAGCCCUCAUCCUCAAAACCCCUCUGGGUUCGACAAGAGGGAAAACCGAUCAAUAAACGAAGAUGAAGUGGCAAUAGUGAGAAUACAUACUCAUGUUCUGUCUACAGGUUGUGAGGGAUUCAAGUUGCUGAGAAGAAGAAAGUGAU